UCUGAUUUGAUCCCAGCGCAGUGUUAGUCUUCCCGUAAAAUAAAGUUUUUUCGAAUGGAUCUCGUUUAAAAUAAGUAUUUGAAUCCGUACUUAUUUCAUAACUGUUAUAGCAACUAUGGGAAAUAUUCCACUUUUGAUAUUUAAAGGUAUUUUGGCUCUUGGACUCAGCCAGCAUUUCACGUCGUUGGCUCAGGUGGAUCAGGAUAAAUCCGUCGUGAGUGAUGUCACUGAAACGCAAAUUUCGUAUCUGGACCAAAGUAAAAAUUUGACGUGGCGGCAAAAAGAGCGUCGCGCGCGACGGAUUAAUUAUUGCGUCAACUUGCUGAACUAUGCGGGCACGUAUUAUCCGCAGUCUCAAGUUUUUCCCGGCCCACAGCAGGAAAUACCGCCAUCCAGCCCAAACUAUUAUCCGAACCAGUAUCCAGGUUACCCGACAAGCGGAUAUCCUCCCUGGUACCCCGACCAGGACAGGAUUGUUGGCGGACAGCCCACCACCAUAGAAAAGUACCCGUACCAGGCUCAACUUUUGUAUUAUGGCAGCUUUAUUUGUGGCGGCUUCAUCCUAUCAGCGACCCGUGUUGGUACCGCCGCACAUUGCACCGUGGGACAGUCCGCAUCUGCACUCAGCGUCCGUGUGGGCAGCACUUAUCGAACGGAUGGUGGUCAAGUUUUGAAGGUCUCUCGUAUUCAUAACCACGCCUCGUACGACCACAGAAAUAGUGAUAACGACGUUGCAUUCGUUGAGUUAAGCUCCCCUAUUUCUUUGGGCGAAGGGGCUCAACCCAUUGCGACAGCGCGGCCGGGAUCAGACCUUGCAGCCGGGACGCUCGCCACUAUCACGGGAUGGGGCCACACUUCCUCGGGUGGCAUAUCGCCUAAUCAACUUCAAGUGGUUCAGGUCAAAAUUGACUCGAUGAGCGACUGCCGAGCUGCGUAUGGAAGGCAGACCAUAACUGAUAACAUGUUCUGUGCCGGUGGACAAGGAGUUGAUGGAUGUCAGGGGGAUUCCGGAGGUGCCCUCGUAGUUAAUGGGGUAGCAUAUGGAAUUGCGAGUUGGGGUUAUGGCUGCGCUCAUCCAAAUUAUCCCGGAGUUUAUGCGAAGGUGUCAAACUACCAGAGUUUUCUAGGCCAGUAGAAAGGAAACAGAAUCGUGACAAUUAUGUAUUUAUAUUAUAAAAAGUGUACAUAAUUUAGUUAGUAAUUUUUACGUUGACAUGUGUAAUUUACUAAUUCAAACAAUUUGGCGUCGAAGUUUGCAAAAAUGUAAAUUGAAAUAUGUGUGUGAUUUUGUUAAAAUCUAGAAGUUUAAUUGAUACGAUUAAUAUUUCUACAUGCAUGAUAUGAAACCAAAGAAAAUAACAAGGCGCUCAAAAAAAUUAAAAAAACAAACAUCAAAAAAAUAAUUU